UGUCCUUUUGGUUUUUGGGGGUUGAAUUCGAGACAGUUGGUGGCUCCAAUCUGAUGAUGGAAGUGGGUAGCUCGAAUUCGUCGGGUCAGCUUUCCGGGCGGGUCGUUGAUACAAGAGGCAAACACAGGAUCCAUGCCCAACUCAAUAUGCUCCAACAAGAAGCUCGCUUCUUAGAGGAAGAGCUAGAUCUCCUUGAAAAGAUGGAUAAUGCCUCAGCUUCUUGCAAAGAGUUCUUGGACAGUGUUGACAGCAAACCUGAUCCUCUUCUUCCCCAAACAACAGGGCCAGUGAAUACAACAUGGGAUCAAUGGUUCGAACGCCCUAAAGAAGUAAAAAGAUGUGGCUGCUUCAUUCUUUAAUCUUCAUUUCCUCCUACUCCUUCCUACGUUCUAUUUUUUUUUUCUACAAGAGUUUGCGUUUUUUGUUUUUACAUUCCCCGGCAGUUAAAUUGAUGUAAUUGGCAAAAUGAGAAAUAUUCACUUGUGCAGAUAAAAUCUAUUGAUAUCGAUCAA